AUGUUGAAUAUGUCCAACUUUUUUAUUGCAGUUGUAAUACUAACUAUAAAUCUUUUAUUUCCAAUAUCAAAUGUAGUAGCCGCCAUCGAUAUCGGAAUAUUCCGAGCAGAGCUAAUACGCCAAGAUAAGCUCGGCGGCUCCACACAGUCGCCGGAGGCAGCCGACCAGGUCCACUACCUCGUCAAAUUCUCCCUCGGAGCCUCUAGCUUCGACGUAUACGCCGUCGCCGACACGGGCAGCGACCUCAUCUGGACUCACUGCUUCCCCUGUCCGUCUUGCCACAUCCAACCCACCCCUCUGUUCCACCCUCUCAACUCCUCCACCUACCGCUCCCUCAACUGCCGAUCAAAACGAUGCCGGCGUCUCACUGCCGGCGAGGCCAAGUGCUCCUCACACGCCCACUGCGUACACGACUACGUCUACCCAGACGGCUCCGUCGCCCCUGGGUUCCUCGCCGAGGAGAUGUUCACCUUCUACUCCACCGCCGGCAUCUCAGCCGUGUUCAAAACCAUCGUUUUCGGGUGCGAACACAGCAACUCCGGCUCCUUCGCCGGCCGGGAGAUGGGGGUGUUCGGGCUGGGCGGGGGGCCGGUGUCGUUUAUCAGCCAGGCGGGGCCCCUUUCUGGAGGCCGGAAGUUCUCCUACUGUCUGACUCCGUUGGGGAGUAACCGCCGGAGCGCGACGAGCGAGAUCGUUUUAGGGACGGGUAGCGAAGUGGUUGGAGACGGCGUCGUUUCGACACCACUGGUGCCCAGCCUGGAGAAGACACCGUACCUGGUGACCCUGCAUGGGAUAAGCGUGGGAAUGACCUACGUGCCCUUCUACUCCGCCGGGGCACCCCUUGCGGAGGGCAACAUGGCGGUUGACUUGAGGACGUCGCCGAUAUACCUGCCGCCGGAGUUUCACGGCCGGGUGGUGGCGGAGGUGAGGAAGCAGAUGGGCAUGCAGCCGUUGGUAGGGGACCGGCGGCUGGGACCGGAACCCCUGCUUUGUUAUCAGACCUCGAAGGAGGAAGAUGUUGAUGGGCCGAUCAUGACCGUCCAUUUUGACGGCGCAGAUCUGACGUUGAUGCCAAUUCAAAUCUUCAUUCCUCAACAUAGUGUCCCUGGGGUUCACUGUCUGGGCAUUCGAGCUCACAGCUACAGUAAUACGAGUGGGGUUUAUGGAAACUUCGGGCAUGCAAAUUUCUUAAUGGGUUAUGAUCUUGAGAAGAUGACACUCUCUUUUAAGCCAACUGAUUGCACCUUGCCCUAUAAUUAA